AUGCAAAUUCUUUUUGGAGAGUAUGGAUUCUAUUCUAAAUUUCUAUUGCUAAUCAAGGAAGAUCGCUGCCGUAAUGGAAGCAAUUGUAGAUUUGAGCAUGUAUAUCCUCAUUUAAAGCCUGGUACGAGUUCGUACAUUUUUCGUUCUGAAAACGCGGCACCCCCUAAAUGGGCAGAAGGAAAACAUUUGAAGAGGGCCGAAUUGGAUCGGUAUCUUCCUAUAGCUAAAACUGCUGGCUUCAUUUCUACAAACUUGGAAACGGAAAAGCCUUUAUGGCCAUUAACGUGUUAUGGUGUAAAGGAUUUUUUCCCUUCGUUAUACAAUGGCGAUGUUUCUCCAGAGGAACUGAGAUUGUGGUUUUAUCAAGCACGAGCAGUUAAUGCGAUUCCUCAGUAUGAGCAACGUCAAACAGAACUAGUAAAUGACAUUAAUCAUAAGCAAAAGACUGCUUUGACAAAUCGCGAAGGUGCUGUUAAUGAAAUGAGAAACCGAUUAGUGGGCAAGACGGGAGCAAAAUCCAUAUUUGAUACGACACCAAUUAACAACACGUUGCCAAAUAAUAAUGCUUCUUUUGGUCCAUUUUCAAACCAAAACAAAAAUCCGUUUACUAGUUCGACUCCUGCAUUCGGAUUUCAACAGAAUCAACCGACAAACAGUGGGUUCGGCGGUACGAGUGCCACUCCUACUACGUCUGCAUUUGGUAGUCAAGUUAAUGCUUCCCCAUUUGCUUCUAGUAAUAAUACGCCAGCAGUUCCUAGUUCGUUUUCUGGUGGUGGAUUUGCCCAGAACGCACCGAGUCAUCCUCAAUUUGGUGUUAGCGGCUUUGCAAACCAAGCUCCUUCAUCAUUCGGUGGUUUUUCUAAUAAUCAGCAACCGGCCUUUGGUCAAUCAUUGUUUGGUCAACCUAGUCCUUUUCAAACUCAAGCAAAUAGCUCUGUAAAUACGCCAAAGGCUUUUGAACAGCCCAAAAAUCCUACCAGUCCUUCUCCUUUUGGUACCCCCAAUGCGCCGGUGUUUGGACAAACAGCUUUUCAACAGCCGACUAAUCCGGUAUUGCAAAAUACUCAAGUGCAAAACGAUGCACCCAGUGGAUUUCAAGAUCCAAACCAAGGCCAAAGUCCAUCAAGCAUCUUUGGUUCGUUUCAAAACACAAAUACUGCACCUUCUGGUUUUGGUACGGGAGGCCAGAAUCAGCAAUUUGGAUUUGCUCAAGCGGCCACAGAUCAAGGUCAAGGACUAACGAACAGUAGUUUUAUGAACAAACCUGCUGGUAAUAAUAGUUUUGGUUUUCAACAACAGUCAUCUGCUCCAAGCUUUCCUUCAGCUUCUUCUACUAUGCAUACAAACACAAAAGCGUCUGAAGUACCUUCUAAUUUUCCACCGGAAUUUAUUCAGCAAUUUCAAGCAGCUGAAUUUACAUUGGGGAAAAUCCCUACUGUACCACCACCACCGCAAAUGUGUUAG